AUAUUGAUUUGUUCCUCCUGUUGUGUGUGAUCUAUCCAGUCAGGAUAGAAUAACGUUCAUUUGUUGUGAUUGGUAAUUUUUCCUCAUCUUCUAUCAACUUCUUUAUUUAUUGUAAUUUAGAUUUAAUUGAUUGAACAAUCAUUGGUUGAAUAGCCGGGUGAUAAUAUUUGUUUAGGUAAUGAUUUACAUUAAAUUUAUUAUGAAUUAUAGAACCGCUAGUUACCCGAUUACUUGUUCUGAUUUCGACGGGAAAGGGCGCAUGUCUAAAGUCCCUGGUAGGCUAUUCUUCAACAUCCAAACCGUAGUUUGGAUCCUACAGUUCUAAACAAUUAUUACUUGGCCGAAAUCCUUUGGUAAUCGUUCACGGAUUUUCUGGAAAUAAUUGGUCGUGUCGCUUAUAAUGCCAGUUAAUCGUCGAAGGAGAUCAGGCUCAAAGUUCGUCGAUGUUAACGAAGAAUCCCCUAUUGUCAAGCAAGUGCCUUUUGACGUCCUUAAGGGUCAUGGUUCAGACUUAAAUAGGGUUAAUUAUCAUGGCAGUGAUUCUAGCCUUAAUUCGAUGUCAGAUGAUGUAAAAAUCUUAGUUUAAAGGAGGAGCAAAGGCCUGAAUUACUAGGAAAGAGCAUGUCGCCUAUAGUCCACGUUGUUGGCCCAGAGCUACCAAAGGUUGAAUUGAGUUAUAUCGAUGGAGAGCCAAGAGGUUAUUGGAAAUUUAUAAGGCAAUUUGAGACGUAUGUAGCAUCAAGAGUCACGGAUGAUAGCCAGCGCUUGCUCUAUUUGAUACACUACUGUAAGGGCAAGGCUAAAACAGCUAUUGAAGGUUGCGUCAUGAUGGAGGCAUCCUCUGGCUAUAAAAGAGCAAGGGAGAUUUUAAAACGUUUUUUCGGACAGCCUCACGUAAUUGCUCGAGAAACACUAGAGGACUUAUUCAGUGCUGUGAAUUUUGAGUAUAUUGACGGGGAGCAACUAUCAAAUUUGGCUAUUAAAAUGGAAAACUGUGCCAUGGUCUUGGAGCAGAUGAAUUAUACUUCUGAUCUAAAUUCCUUAGUUACCUUGGAAAGAAUAGUGAGACUCUUGCCUCAACCUAUGCAAGCCCAGUGGGCGGACUGGGUGGAUAAAUUGACUGAAGAUAACAGGGAACCGACCUUCGACGAGCUCACUCAGUUUAUCGCAUCGCGUGCGAGAGUGGCUUGUAGUAGAUUUGGACGGUUAGCAAACCGUUCUAGAAAAGGACAUAACGUGAAGACGAACUGUCACGUGCAAUCAGAGCAAGGGAAUAGUUCGACAAUGAAAACUAAAUGCAGUAUGUGUUCGUACGACCAUGCCAUUGAUAAAUGUCCACAGUUCUUAGUGCUUACAGUUCAAGACCGAUGGUCUCACGCUAAAAGCAAGGGUAUCUGUUUCGUCUGUCUUAGACAAGGACAUAAGGUUAAUGAAUGUAAGAUGACAAGGCUCUGUAAGGUUGACAGUUGCGGGAGGAGACAUCACGCUCUGCUGCACACUGACUCGACAAGCAACGUCGUAAAUGAUAAGCCAUCAUGCCCGGAAUAUAGGAAAAGAGUUAUUAAUCAUACCAGUAAGAUACAGACACUAGAGAACGAAAUACGUAAGCCUUAUGACGUAGAGUUUUCAGAUGCUUAUUCAAGUGAUAAAUCAUUAUCAGUAGACGACAAGGUGGCUAUAAAGAUUGUGGAAGGUGGCACGCGCUUCGGCAACGGUCAUUUUGUAGUUUCUAUACCUUGGAAAAAGAAUCCAGAUAUGAAAGUGGAUAACUAUGAAGUAGCAAACCGUAGAUUACAAAGUUUGAAGGGUAUGUUGUCGAAGGAUGUCAGUCUGCACAUCAAGUAUAUCGAAAGUACUGAAAGUGAUUUUACUAAGACUUAUGCGGAGAGGGUCUUUGAAAUAUAUCUGCAGUCUUAUUAUCGCCCUCGAUGGUAUUUACCUCAUCGUGCAAUAUUAAACAUGAAAAAACCAGAUCUUAGAGUGGUCCUUGAUUGUGCCGCCCAGUUUGCAGGGGUUCCCCGAAAUGAUAUGAUUUAUCAAGAACUCGAUACUACCGUUGAGUUAAUGUGUAUAUUAUUAAGUUUUCGCAAGGAGGCAGUUGCAAUCCCUGCAGAUGUUGAAGAAAUGUUCAUGCAAGUGAAUGUCCCUGAGUCUGAUCGAGGAGCUUCAAGAUUUCUGUGGUGGCAGGAGGGGGACAUGUCGAGAGGACCGUCUGAGUUUCAAAUGACAACUCAUGCAUUUGGUGCCACAUCAUCGCCCUUUCGUGCGAACCUUGCCUUGAAUAAGACGGCCCAAAUAUUCUCUGACGAUUAUGAUAGUUAUGUCGUAGAUACUGUCAAGAAUAAUUUCUAUGUUGAUGAUUGCUUGAUAUCUAUUCCCACUUGUGAUCAAGCAAAGAGUUUCGUUAAGCAUAUAAGUGAAUUAUUAUGUAGAGGAAGUAUGCAAAAAUGACCGAUCUUGAAUCUUGGUUCAAAUGUCCUAUUUUAUUGCAUGGCGAGUUUUAUAUAACAAUCACUGACUGUACGGAACCUACUCUUGACGAUAUUGAGUUUAGAAAAACUGCUGUGGUUAACUUGAGUAGUAUAAAGUACAACAAGACACCUGUUCUCUUUUAUUAUUCCGAGUGGUUGAAAUUAGUCAGAGCUGUAACCUGGUUUAAAAGGUUCAUCGAAUUCCUGAUGGUACUUCGUUUGCCGAGUUGUGAAGGACCCGUUCAUCUAGGAUGUUUAAAGGUCAAAGAGCUUGAGAUUGCCAAGCGUAAGAUUUUAUUGAUGGCUCAGAGAGAAGUGUAUGGAGAAUUACUUAGUGAAUUUAAAAACAGCAGUAAAGUAGUAAGCCAUGAUGGUCUGAAAGGUUUAUCGUUGAUAAUGCUUGAUGGGUUACUCUGCGUUGGAGGUCGACUAAGAUACUCAGAUUUCCCAAAUGCUUUUAGAUAUCCAGUAAUUUUACCUAGUCGACACUUAGUGACGGAAAUGAUAAUUAGACAUUGUCAUAAAGAACAAGGACACGUAGGAAGAUCAUUAGAAAAAGGGUAUGGAUAUGUGUUUACUUGUUUGCAAACAUGGGCAGUACAUAUUGAAAUGAUGUGUAGUUUGAUUACUGAUUCAUUUUUAAUGGCUCUAUUACGUUUUAUUGGAA